CUUACAGAGAAUCAUUUGUUAAUCCUAUAAUUCCCAAGGCAUUCGAGGAUGUGAAUGACAAGAUCAGGUUUGAAAUUGGAGAGAUAGAGAGCGCACUACGUAAACAACAUCGAAACCAGACAAAAGGCCAAGAGCCUCGGGUAAUGCUUGGGUCAAAACACGACGGGAUUCUAAAGAUUUACAUGAAUGCAAAUGAGAUAGAGAUUGGAUUCUUAGAGGUUGUAGGGAACGCAAUGGUUGUGGAUCUUAAAAAAUGUCGUGAAGAUAUGGAGAAAUUGUUUAAGGUGAUGCAGGUGUCAAUAUUCUACCAGCGACAGCACCACCUACGACGUAAUGCAACAGAAGAACAACUUGACUGCCUUCAAAGUUUUGGU